GGGCUCGGGGCACGCCUGCUGCUUGGCAGUCUGGCCCGCUAUGGCGGGUCGUGUCUCUGAGGCGGCAGCGGUGACGGCGACGGCGUAUGCGGCGGCUCCCCGAUUAGCCGGCGGAGGCCCAAAAGAAGGCCGAGCUUAGCGAAAGAGGAACGACUGCAUCCUGUUCGUUGGCUCCGCGGCCGUGAGAGCAAUGGAGGCCAGUAUGCCGAAGCGGAAGGAGCCGGGCAAGUCCCUGCGCAUCAAAGUCAUCUCCAUGGGCAACGCAGAAGUGGGGAAAAGCUGUAUUAUAAAACGCUAUUGUGAGAAGAGAUUUGUGCCCAAAUACUUAGCAACAAUAGGAAUUGACUAUGGAGUUACAAAAGUAUACGUCAAAGACAGAGAAGUCAAAGUUAAUAUCUUCGAUAUGGCUGGACAUCCAUUCUUCUAUGAGGUUCGAAAUGAGUUUUAUAAGGACACACAGGGUGUCAUCCUAGUUUAUGAUGUGAACCAGAAGGACUCCUUUGAGGCUCUUGAUAGCUGGCUGGCAGAAAUGAAGCAAGAGCUUGGACCACAUGGAAACAUGGACAAUAUUAUAUUUACAGUCUGUGCCAAUAAGAUUGACUGUACCAAGCAUCGCUGUGUAGAUGAAAGUGAAGGACGCCUUUGGGCUGAAAGCAGAGGGUUCCUUUAUUUUGAGACUUCAGCACAAACUGGAGAAGGAAUCAAUGAGAUGUUCCAGAUGUUUUAUUCUGCCAUAGUUGACUUUUGUGAAAAUGGUGGGAAACGUCCCGUAACAAACGUCAGCAUAAGUUUCACCAAAGAGCAAGCUGAUAACAUUCGCAGGAUUCGAAACAGCAAAGAUAGCUGGGAUAUGUUGGGAGUCAAACCUGGAGCCACAAGGGAUGAAGUGAAUAAAGCCUAUCGGAAACUUGCUGUGCUUCUCCACCCUGACAAGUGUAUGGCUCCAGGCAGUGAAGAUGCCUUCAAGGCAGUUGUGAAUGCCCGGACAGCUCUCCUGAAAAACAUCAAAUAACCUAGAAUGCAGCAGGAAACAGACAAGUACUUGUCUUCACUAGAGAAUCCCAAUGCCCAGAGAGAAAAAGAAUUUAGACCUCACUUACCAAGGCUUGUUGCUCUGUCCAUUUGUGUAUAUACAAUUGGAGAUUCUCAUCACUAUUUUUUGGACCUUUUUGAAGGAAAAAAAAUGUGCUAUUGUUUUCAGGUGUGAAGAGCCUAUGAUUCAUAUUACUCAUUUUUAUUUGCCCAUUUUUAAACAGUCUGAUAACUCUCUUCUCUUUAUUUAUAAGCAUUGUAGUAGUGGCAUCUCACAGACACUUUACUCAGGGGAAGCCAUCUGGCUUCCUCGGGUGAGAGACACCUCUCAGUUAUAUUUUACUUUGGUUCAUCAUCUGAGUGAUAAAUCAGGAAUGAAAGCAGGGAAUAGAACAUUCUCCCAUGAUAUGACAUCAUGAAGGAAUGUUGAAGGAGAAUAUUGAGGAAUUCUGAGUGGUUUUUUAACCACCACUUUAGAAUUAAUGAAUUCCAUCUAUCUCUUUGGUUUCAGUGAAAUGGGUUGAUUUGCUUCUGAAUUAAGACAACUCUUUCCUUCUCAUGAGCCUGCACUCCCUUCAAUAUAUUUCCAGCCACUCCCUAGGAGAAUAAAUCCUAGCCUUCUAGGACAAGUUGAAGUCUGGGAAUGCCAGCAGCUGCUUGUUCCACCACAGCUGCUGCCAUCAUUCCUUGGUCAAUGGGAGUUAAUACCAGUACAGAGUAUCAUAGGUUUAGUUGUUAUGGGAUCAAGCUGCAGGCCAGAAAGGAUGAGAAGGCAUGCACACAGGGUUAGGCUUGGUGUCAGUACUCAAGCAUUGGCCAUAAAUCCUGGCAGCAGCAGCAUUUCUAGGCAGGAGGGACCUGCGUUUUCUAGGGCAUGUCCUCUGACUCUUUGGGGAAAACACCCAGCUAAGCCUGAAAGUCUUUCAUCUACAGAUGGGUGAAAAAGGGUGAGGGCAGGAAGCAUCCUUAAAUUCUCAUCCCUCUACCUCUCCUCUCCUCUUCCCAUGACAGCUCUCCUUUUUUUUCCUCUUCAGCUACCACCAUCAUUCUCUCUCUUCCCUGUACUUCUAGUUACUAUACUCUCCAUCUUCUAGUUUAGGCAUGCUAUCCAAACCAAUUUAACCAGUCUGAAAGGUUUAGUAGGGAACUUUGGGAUGGUAAUGGAAAAGAGAGUCUGUGUCUGGUUAGGAGAGAAGAGGGAAGUACUUUCUGCCAUUUUUGCUUAGACUCUCAUUUUUAUAUAGCAAUAUUUAUUCAAAACAUAAACAAACAUUAAUUUUGCCUAGAGGAAUACCAUCAUGUUCACCAUCACGGCAUCCUCCUCAUCAUACAAAGUACAACUACAAAGUAAUAAAGAUUUUCACAUGUAACUUUAUGGAAUACAUCUGAUUACUUUAUAAGUAUGCCUCAUAUUCUUUGGCAGCUAUAAAAAAUAGUUUAACUGGGCCUUUGAGGUCCAUAGACAUAUUUAUUGUACAAAAAACUUGAAUAGUCGAUCCUUUAGAUUUGCCCAAAAGAACUUACUUUAUGGCCUAAGGUGAAAGACAGGCCAAGUUGUCAGAGCCUCGUAGCAUCAUCUGUCCUAAAGCUGCCGUGUUUUCAUGUUACUAGAAUCAGGCUGUGUUUUGCUCUGUUUUUAGUUCAUCCAAAGCAUCAUUCCUGGCCUCUGAUGUCAUUAUUUUAGUGAUGCUUUAAACGUUAUUUUUACUUCCGCCCCCCACCCAAUACAAUUAUGGGUCUGAUAUGAUUGGAAAUGUUUUCAGGUAGUUGGGUUAGAUUUCAUUACAUGUUUGAAAUCUUGAAUUAAAAAUAAUCAACAAAAUACUACAGGGUCCUUGGUCCUAGUUUGAGAAUUCUCAGCACUUUUAAAAUAGCUUGCUUGUGUGUGGUUUUCCUUUGACCCUCUUGCUAGUCUCAGCUCACUGAGCUACACAUAUUUGUCACCAACAUAGUAUACCUGUGUAACAGGCCCCGAGCCAAAUUAAAGUCGUAAGGGACCUGGCAUGUGCUUUAUAUGUCUUUUUCAUACUUAAAUAGUGUUGGAACUUGUAAAAAAGAACUCAAAUCAGAUGAAUAAGGGAGUCAUCUAGUAUUGUCAUUUGCCAGUUGCCAUGUAUAUAGAUCUAGCAUACUGAAUUCUUUGGCACAAUAUAAAUAGCAAAAUUACCAACCCUUUUUGAUAUAAUCAUAGAUGGGUCCCUUUACCUCAGCUUCAGUGCAUGAGUGAUUAAAUAUGGCAGGUAGAAUUCCAAUGAGCAUCUCAGCUGUUAUCUUUUCAAUGCAGAUGUAGUUCAUCGAGAUUUAAAGCUCAGUCCUGAUCCAUAGGUCUUAGAAGUCUUUGUUUUCCACAAUGAGCAGUUUCAGCACUGUAGCUGCUACAUACAAAGAUUCUCUGCCCUUUAUGUUUUGAAGGGUUUUGUUUUACUUAUUUAUUUUAAGCUCAGCAUCCUGGCAGUUAUUGCUGUGGUCCUUGAGCAGGAUUCGAAGGUAGAACAGAAAUAAUAGUUUGGCAGGUUCUGGCUCUUACGCCUUUUUCUAUUAAGAAAACCUGCAGGCAUUUAACACCCUUCUGCUAAAAAUAUGUAUACAUUAGUUCAACCUUGUGAUAGUUCUUGAGUCAGUUGGAUUUCUUUCAGAGGACUUGAUUUCUUUCAUAGGGGAUAAGUAUAAAAAUAAUAGUUUAAUGCAGUUCUUAAUUGGAAAACAAAUUAUUCCUUCUUAGUUCACAAGGAUAUAAUAUUUUAGCAGUUGUUUACAAAGUUCAAGAGAGAUGUUGCUUUAAUGUAACAACAUACCUAAAUACCUUAAUUUAUAUUCUUUUUGACUUGAUAUUCUGACAAUAAUUCAACUUUCAAUAUUUUUCCAUUUCAGUACCAUUGUCAACAUUGUCAGAGUACAUCAUAUGUUGAACUCUCAGCCAAACAGGAUCCAGCAAGAUGCUUUUUCAUUACCAGUUUUCCGAAAAGGAAAAUAUAGGAAUUUGAAAACAUAACCUCAUAUUUCAUAGAAGUUUAAUGUUUUAUUUUAAAACCAAUUUAGAGAUGCUUACUUUAGAUAGAGGAGGUCACAUUUCUGAUAUUUCACGAAUCGAAUUGUUUCCUGCAAACCAAACUGCAAUUUCAAGCCAUGAAAAUAAAGGCCAUAUUGAUAAAAAAUAUAUUUCUUUUAGAAAACAGACAUAAUCCAAUAAGUCAUAGCAUUUUCUGUGAUGACUACCCUUCUGGUAUUGUUCCCUCUUGAAAUGUGAAUGUCACGCAUAACCUUGUUUCAGACCUUUAGGUUGACUUUACCUAUUUUUCUUUUUUUUUUAAAUGAAAUACCUAUUUAAUCUAGAAAGUAUUUAUGUCUUGAAUGGAGAGUGUUUUUUGCCUUUAAGUUAUGUAUUUUUAUAAAGUAAAGCCAAACUUCAAACACACUAGUUUUGUCUGUGUUCUACAUUUGUGUGUGACUCAGUGGCAUCUAAUAAAAUAUGCAGUGGGCUGAGUCCUUGACUUUGCCAGUUACAGUUGUAUAUCCUUAGACAAAAAACCAUGCUUCAGUUUUUGCACUUGUCAAAUGAGGAGAAUAAUAAUCAUCAGUGCUUUGCACGUAUUCGCCACCUAAUAAAUGGUUGUUGAAUGAUUGGCUUCAUCGUUAUUCUGAACUUAUUAACGUGCUUUGAGCUUUUCAAAAGGUGACAUUUUAAGUUUGGUGUUCCUAAAUUGGAUGAUCUGUUGUUUGGGUUAUACUGAACAUGCAGAGUAAGAUAAUCAAGUUAACUGGUACCUAGACAGUGGGAAAGUUUCAUAUAAAAAGAAAAAUGCUACAGGGAACCUAGAAGCUAAUAACAAAAGCAAUGGAAAGUCAGCACCCAGAAAACGCAAAGAUCUAAACCUUCAAAUAAAAGAAGAAAAAAGCUUCAAAAUUCAGUUUAUGGAAUGAAAUUCUCUUAAUAGCCAUCAUGGGUCAUAAAAAAAAAGUUGUGGAGAAACCUGUGGUCCUCAGGCUAGUAUAAUCUAUACUAAACCACGGGAAUUAGUAAAGGUUAAAUACUUAAUCCAUUAAAUAAAGGAUCCAGUGAUUUAAAAACAACAACAACCCUAAGGAUUAUAUACUUAAUCCAAUUACCUAUCACUUAUUAAGCACAUUGGAAGUUUUUUGCUUUCCAAGUUUGUGUUUUUAGUCUAGGGGAAUUGGUAUUUUAAUCUGUGAUAUUUUAAGAAAUGUAUUAAUUGUUUAAGCUUACCUUAUGCUUUAUUAGUUUAAGAGACAAAUUGAGGUUUAUGGUUUUAUAAACUAUUUUAUAUUAGAUUACUUUUAACAGCUAUAUUUCUAAUAAAGCUUUAUUUUCAAAUGCUUAUUUUUUUAUUGACUUCUGAAACUUUUUUGGUUUUUUUGGCAGGGCAGUGAGGGUUAAGUGACUUGCCCAGGGGCACACAGCUAUUAAGUGGCAAGUGUCUGAGACUGAAUUUGCACUCAGGUCCUCCUGAAUCCAGGGCUGGUGCUUUAUCCACUACGCCACCCAGCUGCCCCCCAACUUGUGAAGCUUUUUUACUUUUGUCUGUACAAAAUUUGGAAGAAAUACUAUUUUACCCCAUUAGAUUUGUUUUACAUACCCAAAGUUACUUUAAAAAAUGCGAACUUUGUAUUUAUGAGCCCUCUUUCUAAAUUCUUGGACAACUGAGGUUGAUACUUUAGUUAUUAAAUUGAAGAUUUAUAGUUGAUAAAAUACCCGUUUAAAAAUCACAUUGAUAAAUUAGGUGGUACAGUUGUGCACAUCUGGGUGAAACAGAGUAAGGUCCUUGCAUAAGUAACAGGGUCAUCUUUACUCUUGGCAAUGUUAUUAGUGUUCUCCUUAAUUACCUUGUAUCUACUUUGUAUCAUUCUGUAUUUAUUCUAUAUCUGUUAACUCUGUACAUACACAUAUGUUGUCUCCCCCAUUCAAAUGUAAGACCCUAGAGAAAAGGGAAUUUUUUUGGUCUUUUUCUCCCAGGCACCUAACAUAGUUCCAGCCACACAAUAGGCACUUAAUAAAAUGACU